GCGUGAGAGCGGGCGGUUGACAAGUCCACGGGAUUGGGGCGCCAGCGCCAUGUUCUGUGAUAAGGCCAUGGAGCUGGUCCGCGAGCUGCAACGCGUGCCGGAUGGGCAGCUGCUAGCCUUCAAUGAGGAUGGACUCAGGCAAGUUCUGGAGGAGAUGAAAGCUUUAUAUGAACAAAACCAGUCUGAUGUGAAUGAAGCGAAGUCAGGUGGACAGAGUGAUUUGAUACCAACCAUCAAAUUUCGACACUGUUCUUUGCUAAGAAAUCAACGGUGCACUGUAGCAUACUUGUAUGACCGAUUGCUUCGGAUUAGAGCACUCAGGUGGGAAUAUGGCAGUGUUCUACCAAAUGUUUUACGAUUUCACAUGUCUGCUGAAGAAAUGCAAUGGUUCAAUCAUUAUAAAAAGUCUCUUGCUACUUAUAUGAGGUCACUGGGAGAAGAUGAAGGUUUGGAUAUUACACAGGAUAUGAAACCUCCCAAAAGCCUAUAUAUUGAAGUACGAUGUCUAAAAGACUAUGGCGAAUUUGAAGUUGAUGAUGGUACUUCAGUCCUAUUAAAAAAAAAUAGCCAGCACUUUCUACCUCGGUGGAAAUGUGAGCAGCUGAUUAGACAAGGUGUUCUGGAGCACAUCCUAUGGUGACCUCAUACUGUGAGCACAUGGAAGCAUGCACACAGGUGAGCCCUAAAGUCCACAUGAAUCAGCUAUGAAGAUAUACAGCUAUGAAGGCCAUUAUCAUGUUGCCAGCUUGCCAUCAUUCCUGAACUUAAAUGAUAUGAUGUUCUUUUGUGU